AUGUUGACGCUCAUCACAGCUCGCAAGGCCAUCUACAACGCGGAUGCAGAUCAGAUCAGCCUCAAGCAGUGGGUGGCUCCACUACUAGCUGCCGGCGACGCAGGUGCAAUCAAGGACCCGCAGCUGGAGGCGCCGGACGACUUGGUGCUGCGCAUGGCCCGCCUGGCCCUGCGCUGCACCGCCAUGCCCACCGCCUCGCGCCCCUCCAUCAGCCGCGUGCUCGGCGAGCUGCUCGUCAUGAAGGAGGAGUUUCUCGGGCAGGACGAGGACCGCAUGGCGGUGCGCAUUGACCGCGAGCUCGAGAGCUCCGAGAAUGUCAACCUCAGCAUGGAGAUUGCACGUGCCCAGGGAGCAAGGAGCAGCGGAGGAAUCUCGAGCAGCUCACUAGGAUGCCUCAAGAGCCGCCCGCUUUCGGUUCCCGCUCCCGUGCGCACAUGCCUUCUCACGUCUCUCCGUCUUCCUCCUGCCCCCGUUGCUGCGAUUUCCAACAACAAAUCGGCUGACGACGCGGACUGCAGGCUUGCACAUGGAAAAACUAAAGAAACCGCCGCCGCGAGCCAUUUUAUGAAGCCUGUUAUCAUCGCGACCGCGCCUCUUGGCGCGCUCCUGCUGACAUCCGGCCCUGCGUCCGCGUUUUCGGGAAGCCACGCGUACGGUAGUCUUGGACAAGGCGAACUAGGCUGGUCCGAGUCGCUCCAGACCAAUGCUGGAGGAGGAGGCGGUGGCGGACAGGGCGGCAACGGCGGCGGCGGCGGCGGCGGCGGGAGUGGUGGUCCAGGAGGAGCGCAACAACCUGGAAACGACUCGCCGUAUUCCAACGCUGACGUGGAUGAAGAUGAUGAUGAUGUGGACGAGGCAGACAACCCGGACGGCAUUUCCGAACCGGUGAGCCCAGUCGGCAAGAACGCUAGCGCCGUUCGCGUCGCGGCUGCCGAUGCUGUUGCGAGGGAUGCUUCUGGCGGCAAAGCGCCAACAGAAAGCCGCGACCCGGCGUGGCGAGAGUUUCCCAAGCGCCGAUCCAGCAGCCGCCGACGCCACGGCGCAAGCGGGAACGUCGGCGCCGGUGCCACGCUGCUGAACACUUAUCCCCCUGACGUGCUCUUCGCGUCGCUCUCAGCCGUCGCCGGCUCCGCUGGCCUUGCCGGCGCCGGCGCCGGCGGCGACGACAGCGCUACUGCGGCCAGCGCCGGAGGGGGAAGUAGCAGCUCCGCGGGCGGCUUGAGCAGCGGAACGAUCAGCAGCAGGCGGAGGCGGCCGGACGACGAGCGCAUGCGUCGCGCAGACGGCAUGUUUGAUUGGAUGGCGGGGCUGCUGCACUCAUUGCUCGCGUCGCGCCUCGACGGCAUGCAAGACCGCGUGGACCGGCAAGCGCUGAUGGCGGAAACGGCGGACCUCGUCGUACAGAUACUCGACAAGCGAUCCGCGGACGACGCCUUUGCGCACCGGUCGGAAGUAAGCGCGCUCCGCCGGCUGCAGCGCGAGGCGUUUCAGGACCUUCUGCGCGUGAAGGACCGCCUCCACCGCCUCGAGUUCCUCUCCGGAGUGCGCCAGUCCCCCGACGGCCGCUCCCCGCGCCCCUCCGCGGGGUCCGUGUAUUCUGCCUCCGCCGCAGCCUUCGGCGCGACCGCGGGCGCGUUUGGCACGGGGAUUGCUGGGAUCGGCGAGGAGAGCGGCGUGUGGGGCGGGCUCGGUGCGGGCGCGGGGAGCGUGCUGGGGGGAGCGGGUCGGACGCGCCUGCACGGGGAGAUCGCGGCGGGCGGGGCGUUCGUUCCGACGGAGGGCGCGCGCAGCCACAGCACGCGCGCGGCGCUGGAACAAGCGGGCAUGCGAUCGGGACUGACAGUGAAAUUCAGAUUCGAUACGACCUGUCGCGACGACGAUCUCCUGUCGACAGAGCUGACGGCCGGCCUAGGAGAAGACAGCAGCAGCUUCAUGCUGGGCGGCCCCGUUAACAUUCAUAAGAUCCUCUAUAGUACUAAGUUAUGCGACGGCGUGCAGCUCGCCGUGGCGCCUUUAGGAGCCGUUGGAUCGGACAUGGCGGAAGGCAUGAACCCGCUCAAGGACCAGGGCCUCACGCGCUUCUCGUCCGGCGGAAUCUCCCUGCACCGCCGCGCAAGGGGCUCCGCGCUCGCGUUCUCGCUGCGCAACUCCGCCGCGUCGUUCACCGCCGCGCAGUUCCUCUCCGGCUGGGGGGUUUCGCAGGACCCCGAGGGGGAAUCCGCGGGGCUCUGCGCAUCGUCACUGGCGCAACUGUCCCUCCAGCCCCAAGACAACGUCGUCCUAUCUAUGUCCGCGCUCAACCGCCUCUGGCCUUCCCCGCCGCUUCCCUCCGCCACGGGGCUCCACUGGAGCGAGAUGGGCCCGCUCGUGGUGCCGAAGCUGCUGCCGUGGUUCGGCAAGCUGAAGAAGGCAGGCUCGGGGCGAAGCGCGGGGAGCGGGGACGCGAGCUCUGGGAUGGGCGGAGCGGAGAGCAGCAGCGGGGUGGUGGGGCAGGAGCUGUGGCUUCCGCCGGAUCAGGAGCCCGCGACCAUGGUGCAGUCGGUGGCGGUGUCGGGCGCGGUGCAGCUCGGUGCAGCGACUAUUGCGGCGUGGGCGCAGGCGGAGAACGGGGACUGCCUGGACGAGGACGCGCGGAGGAAGCUGCAGUGGUCCGUGUCACUGCUGGUGCAGGGGAAGGGCAGGGCGGAGGACGAGGCGGGGAACGGGGGAAGCAGUGCGAAUAGGACGGGCGGGAAAGCCGGUGCGGGGAAGGGUAAGAAGGGGAAAUGGACGGACAGGAUUUCGCUGGGAGCGUGCAUCGGGGGCACGCAGCCAGAUGCGUUUUUCCUGGGAGGUGGCGCGGAGUCGAGCAGCACGGGGAUGGUGGCGGGGGAGAGCGGGGAGGGGAACGAGGGGGGCGCGGCGGGCGCAGGGCAGGUGCAGGCGGAGGCGUUUAUGCGUGUGAAAGAGGACCUACGAAACUAG